CAGGGGUAGGGCUGGAGAGCGGGGGGAGGAUUCAGGCGGGCAGAGAGAGAGGGAUAGAGACAGCCGGCGCGAAAGAGGAGAGACCCCCGAGCCCGUCUGCAGCGCCAGCACUCACCAUGAGCUUCCUCCUCUUUGCCAUCACGGGCCUGCACGUCCUCAUCCUCGUGCUGCUCUUCGUCGCCACUCUGGACAAGUCAUGGUGGGUGCUGCCGGAUGAUGAGACCAUCAAUCUGUGGUACGACUGUCUGUACGAGAACAACACCCAGAGCUGGGUGUGCGCCUCUGUUGCUGAGAGCCAGUGGCUCCAAGCCGUCCGAGCCCUCAUGGUCCUGGCUAUGCUCUUCUCCAGCUUCGCCUUCAUCCUCUUCAUGUACCAGCUCUACACCAUGGAGCGCGGGGGGCUUUUCUACGCCACCGGCAUCUGCCAGCUCUUGGCCUGUAUCUCGGUGUUCACGGCCGCCUUGAUCUACGCCAUCCAUGUGGACAAAUUUCACCUGCACCGGCAGUCGGGCGGCUCCUUCGGCUACUGCUUCGUGCUGGCCUGGCUGGCCUUCCCCCUGGCACUGCUCAGCGGCGUCAUGUACAUCCACCUCCGCAAGAGGGAGUGACCCCCGCCCCCAUCGCAGGGGGGCUGCUCAUGACCAUGGCCCAUCCCUGCCCCAUGGCAGCCUGGCCGUCACAUGCUGCUGGGUCCCUGGAGCCUGUCCUGGCCACACCCAGCUCUCUCCGCCUUGUCCGUGCCAGCACCCCCAGGGUCAGGUCCCCCUCUGCAUGGGCACCUGCUCCCCUCCUGCCCGUGACCAGGCCCCAUGGCCAUCCCCUGCUCCCCUCUCCGCAGCCUGUUGUGGGUGGGGGACAACCCUGGUCAUGGAGGGGAUCCCUGGCUGGGGUGACACUUUCCAAUCAUCUCACUGAAUAUGUUGGGGAUGCCCCCCCCCGACCAUGCCUUACAAUCUGGGUGCCACGCAUACAAAUCUGGGGGUCACAGCCCUUGCCCAUGCCUGGCAGAGAUGCCCUGGUCUCAGAUCCCCCCAUGGGCACAUGCUGUGGUCUCAGAUCGAGCCAUCACCGGCUGCAACCCCUGGCUUGCUGCUUCAUUCUGCUCCCACUCGGGCGUCUGGAUGGGUGGAGCUGGGCACUGGGGCGUUGGUGGCAGCGCUGAGGGGCCCCCCACUGCUCCCAUCAUGGCAUCUGCUCUCACCGUCCUGGUGGCAGAACAUGGCUUACAAAUGUGUGGUCUACCCCUCCUUGAGAGGUGGCAGUUCCACAGUGCGGCACCUUCCCCUCUGCAGGGAGGAGGUAGGCACCAGGGGAGUGGUCCCAGGAGAGGGACACCCCUUCUUCCCCAAGGCGGGGAUUUAUGGGCUCCCAUGGGGCUAUAGGGAGCCUUCCUUCGGCGGGAUCUCAGUGCACGGCUUCCGUCCAGCCUCGUGCUGGCCGCAGCCCCGCGCCUGGGUGCCAUCAUUUAUACAUUUGGACAAUAAAAGUGACCUGAUUGAGCUGC